AUGUCCGCCUACCAGGCCGGCCGUGAACAGAUUGGCCCAAUGAUGGAUAGCUGGAGGAACGUAGAGGUUGCGAGACCACGACCACGACCGCAAUCAUCAGCACCAGCAACAACCCUAACAUCAUCAGUACAGAUCUACCAACAGGGUUGGAGGGCCGAAGGCGAAAGCAGAGCUAAAGGGGCUAAGAACGAGGCUGAUGCGAGCGAUGAGUUGGCACAAGAGGCGUCUAGCCUCAAGUGGAUGCCACAGGCUGCACUUGUGCCCACGAGGCAGACUGUCGUCUCGUCGCCCGCACAAGACCCACGUGCCACGUCGAGUGUUAGGCCUGUAAGAGCACGAAUAUUGCGAGAAGAGGCGAAGUUUGAAGCCGAUCAAGGCGCCUCAAGACCGGCAGCUGCGCCUACAUUCUUGAUAAGAAAGAAGAAGGACAGUUCCAGGUAUAUUUCCGGACUUGUAUUUUCGUUCCCAAUCACUUCCUUCCGCCCUUCCCUCGUUUCUUUUACUCUCCUGUCUCUUUCUAUUCUGGUCUCCUCAACCCUUCUUCUCUCCUCUCCUCUCCUCUCCCCUACUUCCUUAUUCUUAGAUUUAAAUUAA